AUGAAAGAGUUUAAUUUCAGUUAUCCAGCAGGUUUUAUCUUACUGGGUUUUUCUGACCAGCCUCAACUGGAGAUAGUUCUUCUCCUGGUCAUUUCCAUUAUCUACAUUCUGACACUGCUGGGGAACUCAAUGAUAAUACUUGUGUCACUCUUGAAUCCCAAACUCCACACACCCAUGUAUUUCUUCCUCUGCAAUCUCUCCUUCCUGGACCUCUGCUUCACUACUAGCAUUGUUCCACAGAUGCUUUGGAACCUCAAGGGCCCUGAGAAGACCAUUAGCUAUGCUGGUUGUGUGACUCAGCUGUAUAUUACACUGGGGCUGGGCUCCACAGAGUGUGUCCUCCUGACUGUCAUGGCCUAUGAUCGCUUCAAUGCUAUCUGCCAACCUCUCCAUUAUGGCAUUAUCAUGCACCCCAAACGUCUCCAGCUACUAGCAGCUGUGGCCUGGAUAAGUGGUUUUGUGGAAUCCACAAUCCAAACCAGUCUUGUUUUCCAGUUACGACUCUGUAGUCACCAUAGGGUGGAUGAUUUCAUGUGUGAAGAGCCUGCUCUGAUAAAAAUUGCCUGCAUGGACACAACUUUCCUAGAAAAUGAGCUUGCCAUGGCUACUGUCCUCUAUGUGGUUUUACCUCUGGGGCUUAUUUUAGUCUCUUACGGCUGCAUUGUUAGAAGUGUGCUAAGGAUAAAAUCCAUUGAAGGCAGGAGAAAAGCAUUUGGGACUUGUGGGUCUCACCUGAUUGUCGUGGUUUUGUUUUAUGGUACUAUAAUUUCUGUCUACAUUCAACCUAAGAGUGAAUACACACAAAAUCAUAGAAAAUUCCUUACCCUUUUCUAUACUGUAGUGACUCCCUCACUUAAUCCUUUGAUCUAUACCUUGAGAAACAAAGAAGUUAAAUGGGCAAUAAAACAGUUGCUGUCCAAAGACUCAAGUUAG